GUAUAAAAGCCAGAGGUGGGGCCAAGUCAUCGUUUUGCAAAUCACAAUCAAGUCCCAACACUCAUUUGGUGACCAGUGACACGCUGUCAGCUCUGGGCACUUUACGCACACACAGUCAUCUUCAUAGAGAGACAUUAUCUGCGCCACAAGCUGGUUUACACGAGUCUCUGGGACUGCCGCAGUGUGUAACAAAUGUCCCUGCAUCAUGCUCCUCCAACAUAAAUUCACUGUGUGUAAUGUGUGCCUAUGCGCCCUCCGUGCGCUCUUACGCGCGCCAUGUGGAUUCCUACUCUACUCACAACAUCGCGACUUUUUUCCGCUCUACAUCACCUUAGGCCAGACAACAAGGCACGCACAAAAAGCAUGUGUUCUCCUUUUCCUUCACAUAAACAGAUGUUCACAGAGGACGAAUGCGCGAUGAGAAUGUGCGCACCUCAUGCAGACUUCAGGUCAGGUGCAGGUAAUGUGAGAAGGAGGUGAUUAACAGACCGAGUAUAAGUUUAAACAGACGUUAUAAAUCCGAGGAACAGAGUACUUGUGCAUGUUUCUGUCUUUGUACGUUCACACUGUUUUAGUCAUGAUUCUGCAGAGUUUUACGCAUCUGGCCUCUACUCUGCUUGGGCAUUUUUUACAAUGCGUAAUUAUCGUCCCGGCUCCACACGACUGCAGGUGCAUCAUGUAAAUGGAGGGUAAUGCUGUCACUGCAUUGCAUUCACACAGGGCCGAGAACAGAGGAGCAGCACCCGGACUGCGUCUGGGUCCAACCGGAAGAUGGAGAGAGAUGGUGAACAAGGGGGAGGCACUUUGUUCAUUUUGCUAAGUGGGAUGCCCCCCUCCUCUCCUCUCCUCUCCUCUUCACAGCCGAUUUGGCCGCUGAAUUGUUACAUCAGUCACAGAGAACAUCCACUAAGGCACAAAGUGAUUAUUUGGGUGCUUAGGUCAGAAAAAACUUGGAUGAGAAAACGUCUCCAACUAUGUUAGUGCAUUUUAUUGUAUUCAUUCUCUAUUUUGGGGAAAUUCAAAGUGCGCUUACAGAGACAGAAGAGUCAGAAGACGCCGUUCACGCGCGCAUUUCCAGAAAAACACAAUUUCCCAGGAACCUUUGCGCGGAGAACAACAAAGAUGGCGAUUCAGCUCAAUGUUUCAGGACGUGAUAAGAAUUUUGAAACGUACAACAGAUGAAUUAAAGGAGCGACAACCGGCACAGCACUGCAGAGAAUUUACCACUGCGCGUCAACUACAUCACACCCGACUACGUUAGCAGGUUAACAGGUGAAAUGCCUUCUCCUAAAGCUAAAAACCCCGGUCGCAGCGGAGGAAGCCCGGUGCUCGGCAGCUCCAACGGCCGUUACGAGUUCAUGUCGCUGACGAAGCCGCUGAACCGGUCCUCGCCGCCGCUUCUCCUCCAGCGGCAGGGAUCCGACCCGACCACCGCCCGCCUGCGAGCCUCGGAGAGCCCCACUCGGCGCCGGGGAUCCAGCUCCUCCACGGGCUCUGGGAGCGGCCAGGGGCUGGCAGAAGAGGACGGUAUACGGCUCAACCCCUCUUUUAUCCGCGUAGCGCUCAGCUCGCUCCUCGCCAUCGACCUGUGGAUGUCUAAGCGCUUGGGGGUGUGUGCCUGUGAGGACUCGUCCUGGGGGAGUGUGCGCCCGCUAAUGAAACUGAUAGAGAUAUCGGGACAUGGCAUCCCCUGGCUGGCUGGGUCCGCCUACUGUUUGUACAAGAGUGACAGCGCCGCAGGACAAGAAGUCAUGCUCAACCUCCUCAUGGGCCUGCUGUUGGACCUGGUCCUGGUCGGCAUUGUUAAGGCAGUGGUGCGUCGGCGUCGGCCCGCACAUAACCGCAUGGACAUGUUCGCCACCUUUUCCGUGGACCGCUACUCCUUCCCUUCAGGCCACGCCACCCGUGCCGCCAUGUGUGGGCGCUUCCUGCUGGCUCACCUCGUGCUGGCCGCCCCACUGAGGGUCCUCGUCCUGCUGUGGGCCAGCCUGGUGGGGCUGAGCCGAGUGCUGCUGGGCCGGCACAAUGUGACUGACGUGAUGUUUGGGUUCUGGAUGGGCUAUUGCCAGUAUAACCUUAUAGAGAUGUUGUGGCUUUCACCUCAAACCCUGCAGGGGCUGCUGGGACAGUUAGCUUAACACUGAGGGGCUAGAGGGAGGAGGGAUGGCGGUUUAAAUCUUGAUUGUCAGAGCACAUGCACACCUUUUGUCUUUUAGACUGAUAUAUAAGAGGAAUUGUCUUUUGACUAGAGAAGAGCGCUCUAUCAAACACAGCUGUGUUCUGCUAUUGUCCAACAAUUAAGGUGCGAGUGUGUAGGGUUUAGGGGGAUCUAUCGGCUGACAUGGAAUGUAACAUUUCUAAUUAUGUUUUCAUUAGUGUGUAAUCGCCUGAAAAUAAGAAUCGCUGUGUUUUUAUUAGCUUUUUAUGAGCACCUCAUGUCAACACAGGGAGCAGAUUCUCUUCCAUUGAGCCCAGCAUGUUCCACUACCAUGAUUCUACAGUAGCCUAGAAAGGACAAACCAAACACUGGCUUUAGAGAGGGCAGGGUUUUUGCAUUUUUUCGUUACCUGAAGGCCACUGUAGGUUCAUAUACACAUUUGAAAAGAGAGGUGUGAGCAGAGUGGUAUUAAGUUGGUUGCAAUUCGCAAACUUACCACUAGAUGCCACUAAAGUUUACACACUGCUCCUUUGAAUUCAGCCCUCAUUUCGAGAUUUCGAUAACUAGCCUUCCGUUAGUAAAACGUACAAGAUUUUUAAUCAGCGUAGACCACAAGAAACAGAUUUGUCCACAUUAUUUCCUUCAACUCUAAGUAAGCUUUUGUUGCUGAGGAAGUGUUAAUCGUGUGAGCCCUCCACUUGAGGAUUUGACUUAGAUAUAACCUAUAUACACUACAGAAGAAAGGUUAAAUAAUCAGUCAAGCUUUAUUCAAUAAAAACACACGCAAACAGCAGUAAAUAGUACAAUUUUACUACAUUUUACUAAAUACUGUUAUGUAAAAGCAAAUGAUGCUGUUCCCUGUUCAGAGGUUCAAAGUGUCCAUUAAAAACUGCCGUUUAACAGCUGCUCACAAACCUAAUUGUUUCAUAGCGUGCUCACAGAUUUAAGUCCCCUCCUGUUCUUAAACUUUUAUUUCUACUUUACAUCUGAUAGGAUUAAACAUUAAAUCAUCUCAAGUAGACACACCCAACCCCUCAUAAACUCUAAGUGGACCAAUAUACUUUCCUUAUUGACUUUGGCAUCCCUAUUUCUUUGAAAGUAUCACUGUUGCAUUACCAGUCGACCAAAGCAUAUCAUAGAUUACUGAUUACUAAUCAACUCUGAAAGAUCACAACCUCAUUAUUAUCAGGGGAUAUACGUCAGAAGUCAGAAGUGUGUGGAAUCCUCUUCUCUGGGCACUGACAGUUUCAAAUAGUGUAACGAGGCUGAAGACUGACAUAAUGUACAAUACAUCUGUCCAUAAGAGAAUGGAAAGCUACAUACUGAAGGUGAUAACUGUAUAUCUUUACAUCUUCAUUGUAAAGUAAUAAACCGUCCGUUCACUAAAUAUAACCCUCUAAACUGAUAUCACAGUUUGGCUCAUUGGUAAAUGAAUCACAUAUUUGCUGUUUUAAUGAAAACCAAACUUUGGUAGACUUGACAUUACAUGAGCAUUUUGAAGUCGUCAAUCCAGACCUUCCUCUGAUUUCAUCAUCGCAAGAUGUGGCUGCGUGUUAUCAACAGUGCAGGGAAAUGAAACGUGCCUGAAAUGUGUUCAAGUUGAUAAACGUGCUCUGACUGAGGCUGAUGUUAAUCAAGCUCAUGAGCCCACCCAUAAAGUCUCAGCCCAAGCUGACGUACUGAGACUUUUUAAAUGUAUUAUUUAUUUAUAUUUGCAGUUGAAUCACAGGGUCAACCUGAUUUAAUUUUUGUUAUUGGUUCUUACAGUCAUUUGGGAGAUUUAAAGGGAUAGUGCACCCAAAGAUGUAAAUUCAGCCAUUAUCUACUCACCCAUAUGCCGAGGGAGGCUCAGGUGAAGUUUUAGAGUCCUCACAUCACUUGCAGAGAUCCAAGGGGAGAGGAGGUAGCAACACAACUCCACCUAAUGGAGGCUGACGGCGCCCCAGAUUCAAACGUCCAAAAACACAUAACUGAAACCACAAAAUAUCUCCAUACUGCUCGUCCGUAGUGAUCCAAGUGUCCUGAAGCCCCGACAUAAAAAGUUGUUUGGAAAAACGUCAUUUGAACUCUGUUUUUAGCCUCAUUGUAGCCUGUAGCUCUAACAGGACACUUGGAUCACUAUGGACGAGCAGUAUGGAGAUAUUUUGUGGUUUCAAAACUUCACCUGAGCCUCCCUCAGCAUAUGGGUGAGUAGAUAUUGGCUGAAUUUUCAUUUUUGGGUGCACUAUCCCUUAAAAACAUUUGUUAGAAUGUAUAAGGGGCACUUUAAAUCAACACCUUCAGGUGAUGGUUUCCUAUCACCUGAAAUGAGAGCUUGCUAGAUUUCUGCACUGUGAAAAUGCUGCUAAAACACUGGCAUUGUACUUUGUUUGCCCCAGCCAGUUUAGCAAGCACUAUAAUAAUUACAGUCUGAUAGAUAUGAUCGACUGGUUAUUCAUAAAGUUAGACAAAAAUGUACCAGAAUGUGUAACUAUCCACAUCAUUUCCCCCAGCGCUGUGGCAGCACCUAGUUUAAUAUUGGCAUCGAGCUUGGAUGAGGACACCUGGAGUGCUGCCAGUGUUCCUGGAUCAGUGAUCACAGUUUGAAGGUCAAGUUUUGUAACCUUCAACACGAUUGUAAUGAAUGGCACUACAGUGUGUACAUACAGGAGGUCUUGACACACAAGAAAGUCUUCUUAGGCAAUAUCACGUGGCACUAUGGGUAGAUUUCUCGUGACUUUAAUCUUGAGUCAUGGGUUUUCAUCAUGUUUUUAGAUUACCCAUUAAUUCUUUGUUAAAGGCAAUAAUCGGUAAAGGGAUAAACAGCCAGACUGAUUUAUAUCCACGUACUGGCUGCUGACUGAACGAUACUAAUUUAAAAGUUUAAAUGACGCCAGCAGUUGAGAUGUUGUAACACAGAGGGGUGUUUGACGUUAGCAGUGUCAUGUUGACUGACAUGUAAGCCAUCUGGGGGCACAGCAUGAGGAGAGCUGUGUUAAAGUGUGUGCUGUGCAACAUCUGUGCCAAAUCUGAAGAGCAAAUAUCACUGUUCACAGGCAGGAGAUGUGUCAUUAAAGCAGUGGUGACCCCAAUGGGGGGGCAGGGGGGCCAUGGCCACCCUGGUAAACAUUGCUUUUCCUUUUCGUGACGACUGUACUGGGGUUGAUUUUUAAAUAUAUAUAUAUAUAUAUAUCUGUUUACAUUUAGGCUUAAAGUUAUGCAUGUUUUAGGGCAGGCCACUUUGAGUGACAGGUCGUCUGUUGAUAGUGUACUCGGCUUCUUGGUCACAACCAACCCUCGGUCCUCAACAGUGCCAGCCUCUCGCUCAAAUAUGGUCACUUCUGGCUCCAAAAAAACAAGAUGGUGACAGCCAAAAUGCCAUAGUUGAUGCUUCAACAUGGGAGUCCACAAACCAAUGGGUGACGUCGCGGUAGUUAGGUCCUUUAUUUUUACAGUCCAUGGUCCCCACAAGUCUCCCCUAAACUUGCAAGGGCCUGUUCCCAGCAAAUCUUUGGUUCCUUACAAUCAAUGCACUCCUUCAAAUUAAAGCUGUGUACUUGGCUUUUAAGGAAAAAGAUCAUAUAUAUAAAUGAACAAAACACAUUAAAACAGGAUUAUUGUGGAACUUAAAAUGUUAGUCUAUGCACAUCAGAUAAUUAGUAAUAUUAACUGUUUUAAAAUACCCUGUAUACUACAGCAGGAUAAAUGAAUCCCUGAAAUUUAUGGCCUUUGGUUUUGGUGUGCUGUCGCAAGAUUUUCAGUGGCCCCAUUUGGCCACCCUUAUGAAAAAAUUCUGCAGGCACCACUGCGUUUAAAAAGGUGUUUUAGCUUAUUUGCAAGGAAGCAAGAAAUCAAAAGAUUAGCCCACAAACAAGUCAUAAAUCCUGUCUUUAUUGUCAGAUAUGUAUCCCAGUAGCCCACCAGGUAGAGCAUGUACCAUUGAGGCCAAGUCCUUACGGAGUCUAGCCUGGGCCCUUUGCUGCAUGUCAUCCCCUCCAUCUCUCCUUUCUCUGUCACUAUCUAAAUCAUCUAAACGAAUAAUUGCAACUGUUGAGCAUAAUUGCUGAUAUUUUUCCAAAAAGGUUUGGACUCAAGAGAUUUGAAGAAAAGUAAAGGAGCUGUGGUGCGUACUACUGCAUCACAUCCAUUCAUUUAUUUCAUGUGCACAGAUCUAGUAACUGCCUGACUUUUGCUGGUAAGGACACGGCCGCUCUUCCAGGGUGAAGCAGAUUAUUUAACAAGUUGCGCAACAGCUGGCUCAGUCUCACUCACUGUACACAGAUUUCUUGGUACUGCUAGAAACCAGAACAAGUUCACCCUAAUUUCUAUGUGUGUUGGACGCUAAUAACUUGUCUAUUGAUUUGUACCAUGAUGAGUAAUGUAGAUCAAUGACCUCCGUGUAAAUGUAUGAACUACAUUUGAACCUUAAACUGAAUCCAUUGUAGACUUUCAGUGACCUCUCACAUGCUGUGCCCUCUCUCUGCAAUAACUGACCACUGAGUGAGCGAUAAGAUGACCAGCGAGUGAUGUGGUAGCUUCCAUUCUUUUAGUUUUCUCAGCCUUCUGUCGCAAAUCUAAAUAUGCUGGAUGGUGAUAUUGUGACCAAAUGAUUUUUAUGAUGAUUUGUGUUGUUUUAUAUGUUGAUAUUGCAGUGAUACAGACACUUAAGGAAAAGAUGUUCAUCACAACGAUCACGAAAUAGAUUUUGCACAUUCCACAUGUCACCUGUUUACUUCACGACCAUGAAGAAAGAUGCAUUCUGUUUGUUUAUUCAGCUUUCAGAUAUUGUCAGCACAUCUGUUCUUGCACAUUAUCAAACAUGAAGACAACAAUAUAUUUCACUGCACUCAGUUUUGCCUGCUAUAUACUAUAAAUGAUAUUGUGUGAUUCCUGUAUAGACUCUGUUCCUAAUGUAUAUACAUAUACCUGUAUGGUCAUGUGAUUACACUGUGUUAUGUUCACUGGAUUUUAAUGUGCUGCUCAAUAUUCACUGAGGGCUUGUUCUUGAAUGAUUUGAUUGUAAGAAUUUUUAAAUAAACGGGGAACAUAUGUGAAA